CCAAUAUUGGAUAUUAGAUUGGAUAUUGAAUUGCGCGUCUUCGAAACAAUUCGAUAUAGAAGUAUGGUGCACAUGACAGGCUGGCCGAAAGGUUCAGCCGAAAAGUUCCUCCAUUCUACGCCUGUUGCUAAGACGAUAACAUUAUAUCCUUUGAAAAGCUACAGUUUCGGCACCAAAGAACCCAAUUAUGAACGAGAUCGAAGUGUUCCUGCUCGAUUUCAACGGUUACAAGAGGAUUUUGAAAAGUAUGGUAUGCGUCGAUCUGUUGAAGGCAUUUUACUCGUACAUGAGCAUAACUUACCUCAUGUGUUAUUGCUCCAACUUGGUACAUUUUUCAAACUCCCUGGAGGUGAAUUACAUCCAGGUGAAGAAGAAAUUGAAGGACUAAAGCGAUUAUUAUCUGAGAUGUUAGGUCGAACAGAUGGUAUCCCAGUUGAUUGGAUUCCAGAAGACUGUAUUGGUAAUUGGUGGCGACCGAAUUUCGAACCGCCUCGUUAUCCAUAUAUUCCUGCUCAUGUAACCAAACCAAAAGAACAAACGCGUUUAUUUUUAAUUCAACUUCCCGAGAAAACAUUGUUUGCUGUACCAUCAAAUUACAAAUUAGUCGCUGCACCAUUAUUCGAACUUUUUGAUAAUGCUCGAGCUUAUGGUCCAAUAAUUUCGUCAUUACCUCAAGUAUUAAGUCGCUUCAAUUUUGCCUACAAUGAUUAAGUUUCACAUACGUAAAUGUGUGCAAUGAUUACCUUUACAAUUCAGUCAGUCAACCAAUCAAAUAGUUAAAUUUAUCGUCGUUCUACAACUUUUUUUAUAUAUUUCUAAUAUAUAUCUACUUAUAAAACAUACUACUCUUACAUUGUUUUGUCUUUUCUUGUUGCUAAACUCAUGAAUUGCAUUACAUUCCGUUGUUGUUUGUGUAAAUAUAUCGGUGGUGAAUACAAUUGUAUAUAUAUAUGUAUAAAUAUCAUAAAUAUUUCAUUACAUGAGUUACGA